UGGUGAAAAUAUUGUGAAAAUGAGUGAUAUAAAACUGUGACAUGCGCAGAAUACUUCAUAAAAGUGCCAUCACAUCACAUGACCAGAACAUUGGCCCCGUGACCAAAAUUGAAGGAAAAUUCAAAAAAUAUCAAAAUUACAAUUUAGUUAAAUCGAAUAUGGAUAUAUUGGAUCCUUUGGAAGUUAGCGAGACUGUAGAAGUGGAAAGUAAAGGAAUGUUGAACGAAAUUAACGAAAUUCAUAUCAAACCACAAGCAAUGGAUAGUGAUGAUUGUGAUGAUGAUGGAAAUGUUGAUCAUCUUUCCCCCCAAACUUUGUUGGAAACUCCAGAUCAUGAAGUACAAUACUCUCUUAGAUCUCCUGAAGGCAAUAAUGUGGUGACCUACAGAGUAGUACAAGUUGAUGAUAGCAGUGUUCAGGGUGUUCCUCAAAUUGUGUCAGCUGAGUCACCAGGAUAUGGAAAUACCAGUAGUGCAGUUUUGACCAGUAACCUCAAUGGACAACUUUAUGUCAUAGGAAAUGCAAAUGAAAUGUUCACAGCAAAUGGGGGCUGUGGCAGGACUAUUGCUCCCAGGUCAUCAGUGAUGGAUGGUGGUAGUGGUGUGGUUUGCAAUUUGAAAAAGAGAGAUGAUCGCAGAAGAGCAACCCAUAAUGAAGUGGAAAGAAGAAGGAGAGACAAAAUAAACAACUGGAUUACUAAAUUAGCCUCAAUUAUCCCUGAUACUACUAGUGGAGAAAUUAGAGCAAAUGGGCUAUAUGAUGGACAGUCUAAGGGUGGUAUUUUAGCAAAAGCUUGUGAUUACAUACUGGAUUUGAGGGAUAUUAAUGAAAGAUAUGAAGCACUUAGUGAAAAAUAUGAAGCAUUAGUCAAUACUGCAGAAGUGUUGAAAAUUAAAAACUCAACAAUAGAGAGAGAAAAUAAAGAAUUGAAAGCAACUUUGAAGAAACAUGGUAUUCUCUAUGUACCAAAGGAAUUUUCAUCUUAGUGGGAUAUAGUUUUUAUUUUAUGAAUUUAAGGAAUUUGUUAUAUUAUUUUUAUAAUUUAAAAUGUUAUGGUUGAAUAUUAUUUUUGGUUUGUUGUACAGAAAUUCUCCAUUAUUGGGUUGUACUAAUAAUUUCAUAUAAUAUAUAAUAUGAAUAAGUGAUGCAGUUGAAAUGU